GGAUUCUUAUAAAGUUUUGGAAUCAAGUUUAGAUAACAUGGCCGAUUUAGACCCAGAGUCAAUUCUUCAGAGAAAAGAUCGUGAGCAGCUGUCAUGUUGGAUCGGGAAAUCAUGUCAGUUUCAGUUAUUGUACAGAGUGAGUCGGGACGGUUUAUCAGCUAGAACAUUUCACAAUUUAUGUGAUAAUAAAGGACCUACGGUAACUGUUCUUCAUAACUCAACAGGAAAUGUGUUUGGUGGAUAUCUCUCAGAGAGUUGGAACUCAAACAACUCAUCGAUUACGGAUAGGAACGCGUUUCUCUUCCAGCUUCAAAAUCAAAAUAGUAGCUGUGCGUACAAAUUUAACAUCAAAACACCAACAUGCGCUGCUUAUGGUGUACAAUCAUGGGGACCAACAUUCGGAGGACAAAUUUAUAAUCAAAGGAAUAGUUAUGCACUGCAAAUGGCCGGUAAUCCUUUGCUUCAGGCACGAAAUUGCGAUUUGCAUUUGUUCUCUGAUACUGACAAUGUUUCCCUGGCAGCGCAUCGAAGAGAGAUAAAAUAUCAAAGACGAAAACAAAGAUAUUCUAAUGAAGUUCUGUUUGAAGAAAGUCAAAAAAAAAAUCAGCAGAUGUUCAAUUUGAAUGGACAUGAGAAUCCAGGAAAUAGCUAUCAUUUUCAUGGCCAACACAGUACACAGGGAGAUUACUCGGUUGAAGCAAUAGACUAUGAUUCAUUAUCCAAUGGCAAUUUCCAAGUUAAAGAUCUUGAAGUUUACUGGAUAAAGGAACAUGAAAAUCCUUCAUCAAAAGCAUUAGCGAGUGGUCAACCAUGGAGAGAGGUACCUCUCUGGAAUUCUCAGGUCAAUGCAAUGAACCACAAUCUUGAGGAGUAA